AUGUCCUCCACACACGCUGGCUGGACUGCCUACCAGUACUACCCUUCCAUGGGUGCGGCAAUCCUCUUCAUCAUUCUGUUCGCCGUUGUCACUCUGCUGCAUACAUACCAUCUCCUCCGCACCCGCACAUGGUUCUUCAUUCCGCUGGUCAUCGGCGGAUAUUUCGAGUUCGUCGGGUACAUCGGUCGAGCGAUGUCGGCGCAACAGUCGCCCAAUUGGACCACCGGCCCCUAUAUCAUCCAGAGCACACUGCUCCUCAUCGCGCCGGCACUGUUCGCGGCGAGCAUCUAUAUGGAGCUGGGUCGAAUUAUCGUGCUGGUUCAGGGAGAAAAGUUUGCGCUUGUGCGGGUAAACUGGACGACCAAGAUCUUCGUUGCGGGAGAUGUAUUGAGCUUUCUGAUGCAGGCGUCUGGAGCCGGACUCAUGGUCAGCGGAGCCAAUGGCUCAUCUAGCGACGGCGGAUCCGCGAGCACCGGACAGAAUGUCAUCAUCGGCGGUCUUUUCGUGCAAAUCAUCUUCUUCGGGUUCUUCCUGGUCAGCGCGCUGCUUUUCCAGCACCGGCUGACGUCUCAUUCCACUGCGGCCUCAGUUGCAGACCACUACCCCUGGCGGAAACACUUGUUUGCCUUGCACUCGUCCAGUCUUCUGGUGCUUGUUCGGUCGAUUGUUCGCGUGGUGGAGUAUAUCCAGGGCACGGAUGGUUUCGUGAUGAGCAACGAGGUUUUUAUUUACGUUUUUGACGGGCUGUUGAUGUUCGUUCUCAUGGUGAUUUUUGUCGUGAUCCAUCCGAGCGAGAUCAAUUGUUUGCUCGGCCGAGGGACGAGCAUGACGAAGGAUGGAUUGCGGAUCACAGAGCCGGUGAUGGUUUAG